AUGGCAACACAGAUGCGUGACAAGCGCGUGUCCAAGGAGCUCCAAAAGAUCAACAAGCAUGGGCUGCCUCCCGGCAUCGAACUCGUCAACGGCGACAACCUCAAGGAAUGGACCCUCGACAUACGCGUCCUCGACACCAACCCGCUCUACAAGGACCAGACCUACCGGCUCAAGUUUCUUUUCCCUGGCUCGUACCCCAUAGAACCCCCCGAGGUCACCUUUGAAGCAAAACCAAACCGCCCCAUCCCCAUGCAUCCUCACAUCUACUCCAAUGGCAUCAUAUGUCUCGACCUCCUGGGGCAACAGGGCUGGAGCCCGGUCCAGAGCGCCGAGAGCGUCUGCGUGAGCAUACAGAGCAUGCUCACCAGCAACUCCAAGAACGAGAGGCCCCCCGGCGACGAGGAGUUUGUUCGAGGCAACAGACUACGGCCGCGAGACAUUGAGUUUCUAUAUCACGACAACACUGUUUAA